AUGUACAUUCUCCAGAUAAGUUUAGAUCUGACUGCUGGUGAAGCGGAAAAUCCGUUUACUAGCUUCCUCCAGUACGGGAGUGGUGCAGGAGACGCGCAGCUACGGCAACGGUGCCGCGACUUCACCCAGCACGUCCAUCGUCCCCUUUGCGAGAACUUCGACAUCCUCCUGCAUCCGGGUAACACCAAUGCUUGGAGCAAGGUGAUUAGCCUUCUCUGCGAAAGAGGAGAUUAUAUCCUUUGCGAAGAGUUCACAUACCCUUCCGCUCAAGCAUGUUGGGUUCCGUUGGGCAAUUACGCCGCACCAGUGGCCAUGGAUGCUCAAGGCUUCCACGAUGACUCCCUAGAAUCCACUCUGGCUGAAUGGGAGCUGAACCAUCCAGACAUCAUCAUCGUCGAAGACGACCCCUAUUUCUUCCUCCAAUUCCCGGAAUACGAACUCAAUUCGAAGACCACCAAUGAUACAAGCACAUCCAACGAACAGUUCCUCGCCAGUCUCGCCCCAUCCUUCCUCCAAAUCGACUACCAGGGUCGCGCCAUCCGCCUCGAGUCAUUCAGCAAGACUCUGGCUCCCGGCCUUCGCCUCGGAUACUUCAUCGCCCGCCCAUUCUUCAUCCAGCGCCUCCUCCUCGCCACGGAGGUCGAGACCCAAGACCCGUCCGGCCUUUGGCAAGCCGUCGUGCUCAGCCUCCUGCAGACAUGGGGGUUGGACGGGUACCAAACCUGGCUCCAGAGCCUGCGAGACGAAUACCAAGCCCGUCGGGACUGGAUGAUCCGUGCCUUCCAGCACGAAUUCACCCUCGUCUCGGGUUCGCAGCAUUCCGAACUGGAUGUGGCGGACUCCACUCUCGUGGCGGUUCUCGACGCCGUCCCGAUCUUCUCGUUCGUGCCGCCAACGGGGGGGAUGUUCAUCUGGGCGCAGUUCCACCUCCACGCAAACCCGACAUUUCGGAAGAUGCGCGACGAUCAAUCUCUUGAGGAUUCGGAGGAUUGCUUCGCGGAGCAUUUUUGGGAGAUUCCGAGUAAGGUCCUUUUGACUCCCGGCUCAUAUUACCAUCCCUGGCAAGGGGAGGGCAAGGUAACAACCCAAGCUCGAGGCGCGAAACCGACAGUGACGAAAUUUCGAUUUUCCUUCUCCAUGACGACGCGGGAGGAGAUGGAACGUGGCAUUGCUCGUCUUGCAAAGGUGGUUCGAGCGUCGUGGGAACUUUGA